GGGUGUGGGAUGGAUGGGCUGGGGUUUCAGGGAUAGGGCUAGGGCAGCAGAAGGAUUAGUGCAAGUGGAGGAAGGGUUCGUGCGAACAGGGGGCUCUACAGGUGAGUGCUCACCAUGCCAGCUCACCCGAUCUUCAGAUCUCGGGCCAACGCAACGCUCAACGCAUAUACACCCCAAAUCCGCCACCUUCUCUCGACGGGAGCGUUCAUUUGCGCAAUAGCGGUCAUAGCUUACAUGUCCGUAAUAGCGCUCCAAUACAUGGCUUCUAUGCGUGGCUUCUAUCGCGCCCAUGGCGGAGACGGCUUGCGACCUGCAGCCGCUUCUGGGUGACCGCAUCCCGUGUCUGCUGCCGCCGAUCGACGCAACCGAUGUGGGCCAGGUCAGCAAGCUGCGUUUCCACGUCAUGUUCGAGCACCAGGCCGCUCGCUACCCCGACGCGCUUGCAAUGAGCUGUGCGGAGCGAGAGGAGUCGAUGACUUACAGAGAUCUCAAUGAACGCGCGAAUCAGGCAUUUUUUGUCCUACAUGCGUGUCCCCCCAUGUCUCAAUCCUUUGCAGCGCUGCGUCAGCUAUCUAUGUCAUCACACACACCGCGCAACUGGCGACACCUCACUGCAAGCUAACCACCCAUCUCCCAGUCUCUCCAUUCGGAGCUGCCAGAACCACUCAAAGAUGUGUUAAUUCUGUUUGCGCACUCGAACGCGCGGCCUCAUAUCGCAGGGCGCCUCUAGCUAGUAUCUAUCGGCACCCCAAAUUGCGACCAUAGUACAUUUUGGGGACGCCGGCCUC